AAAUUUCGAAUGCUAUUAAUAAUAUUAAUUGUGUUAGGUAUUAUAGUAGCAAAAGAUGCUGAUUUGAUUGAAACAGAGAUAGCUUAAUUAGAGCAUUUAAUAUAAUUGCAGACUGAGAAGUUGAAUUACUUAAAAGAAUUGAGAGAUGUAGUGAUAAGCAAUUAAUAAAACAUUCCUGUAUUGAAUGAUUAAAAUAGGGAUAGUAAAUUGAUUAACAAGAAUUUUAAGAGGUUGUAUAAAAGAAAGCUUAGAAGGGUUAGAGUAUUGGGAAACAAAUUUAAAAUAAAGAGAGAUCAUUUACAAAUAGAAUGUUAAAGAAAUAUUAAUUCAAUAUCACAAAUUCAAUAAUGGAUGCAUCAUUGAUAUAGACGUAAAUGAUUAUAGAUGAUGAUUGAUAGUUUUUAAUACAAAUCUCCAACAACUGAUAAUUAGUUUACUUAAAUGUUAUAUGUAAUUACAAAUACAAAGGAAAUAGAGAUAUAUGAUUUAUCAAAUACAAUGAUUAUAAAUGAAUAAUUAGGUAUAAAAUGAUAAAAUGUUAGAAUUUUAACCAUAAUAUGUAUCAAUUAGUAAUAGAGCAGAUGAUCCAAUCUUAGCUUUGGCAAGUAUUGAUUGAUUUACAAUAAUUUAGAUAAAAAUGGUUAAUUUGCAUUGUAUAGGAUAGAGAAUAAAAGAGUAGUAAUUGAAUAGGAAGAUUCAUAAAAGUAGAAAACUAAAUUAAUGAUUUAAUUGAAUAAAGAAUUUGAGAUCAAUGUUAAUAAUUAAUAGAUUACAUCAAUGAUUUAUGCAAUGGUAAAAGGCAUCAAAUAUAUUUUAUUUGGUUCAAGUAGUGGAAGUGUAUAGUAUUUAUAUAAAGAUAUAAUAAAAGCGUAUAUACUAGGAAUGGUACAUUAAUAGGUGAGAAGAACUUCAAUACUCCAAUCUUAUAAGUGGUUAAAUCAUAUCCAAAUAUGUUAUAUUUAACAUCAAGUGGAUUUGGUUAUAUAAAUCCUAUAAAUCUAGAAAUAGUAUAGCCAAUUUGUGAAAAUGUAUAUUUUAUAGUAGAUUAUUAUUAUUAGUUACCAUUUUAAAUAGUUCAUUUGACCUUAGAUAUUCAAUAAUAAAAUAUUGUUUAUGCUUUAUCUGAUUUAGGAGAAGUAUAUGUUUUUGAAAUUAAAUAAAAUGAGUAAUGCAAAAUGAGAUAAAAACUAGUGAGUAAUCAAUAAUCUUCAUUUGUCUUUAAUAAUGCUAAAUUAUAUAGUUUAAGACAUUAUUUGAUUGUAUAUAAUUAGGAAAGUAGAGAAUCUUUAUUAUAUAAUACAACAGAUAUUUUAACUGAACUAGAAUAUGAAUAACCUUUUAAUCUUGAAUUCUUUAAAUAAAUUAAGAGUAAUUAAGUUGUAUUACAAUCAAUUAAAGGAAAUGCUGCUUCUCAUUAUCUAUUAAUUACAGAAAUAUAUAAUAAUCAUCAAUUGAUCAGUUAUUUUGAGAUUACGAUGCCUUAAAAGAAAGAUACUGAUAUCUUCGCAAAUUUUAGAUUUCCUAUUAUAAUUAUUGCAAUUGUUAUUGUUCUACUUUAUUAAUUCUGGUUUAAAGGAAAGAAGAAAGACAAAAAGGAUAAAUAAUCAUCAAAAUCUAAAAUAAGAGGCGAAGAUGAAGAAAUAGAAUAAAUAUUGAAUUAAACAAAAAAACCUUAGAGUGGAGGUAUUGGAUCUACUUCUACCAUUUAAAAUAGAUCUCCUACAAGAACAGAAGUAUAAAAUGGAUAAAAACAAGUAAGAUUUGAUGAGAAUCUAAAAAGAGCAGAUAAAUUUAAAGAGUAACUUGAUAAUCUAGAUUAAAAAACUAAAUUAUUAAAUGAAAGAGUAGGAGUUCCAAAUAAUAUUGAAGCUUAAAGAUAAAGUAUUAAAUUAAUAUAUAUAAUAGAAUUAGCACAAUAAGCAUUACUCUAAAAAAAUAAAUAUGUAUGA